AUGAAUAAUGCUGGUGGAGCUAUGUCAAUAAUACGAAGGGCCAGUAAUCUAGAGGAGGAGGACAGUAUGUCGGAAGAGGAUAUGAUGGAUAGUGAGGACGAAGAUGAAACGAUCGCCAGAAUACAGCGCGCUCAUUUCGCGGAAACGGCUGCUAUGAAUUCUCGGCGGCGACCGGCAGCUCGUCCUCGGCGAAUGAGCCAAAAAAGAAAAAUAGAAGCAGUGCGAAACUUUCACGAUUUUACAAAGAAAUUGAAAAAAGACACUGGCAUAAAAAUACGCAGUUUAGGUGGUAAUAAUUUAUUAGAUUUUAGUGACUAUUCUAGUGAGGACAAUAAAACUGAUAGUGAUGGUUUAUCAGAAGAGGAGUUUACUGUUGACCCCAGUGCAGUGCAGGAUCUGAAUGAAGAGAAUGAUAGUUAUAUAGACCCUGAGACGGGAGACUUUGUUGAAUCUAAAAUAAAACAAAUAGAUGCAAAGUGUUCAGACAAUUCGGAGUCAUCACCUUCAAACAUUAUUGAGGAACCGAAAACACUUUCAAUUAGUGACAUAAUUGAUGAAAGUGGGUUGGAUUUAUCAAAAAAUGUUGAAAUAACUGAAGUAGAUGAAACUGACCUUUGCCCAGAGAAAACACCUGAAGAUCUUUUAGAUAUGAAAGAAGAUAGCAGUAGCCAAAACUUUGAUAUACAGGAAAAAUUAAAAGACAUGGGGGAAAUUAGUGUUAAACCAAUUAAUAAAACAGAGAGUGAAGAUGAUAAUAGUAACACAGCUGAAAAUGAUGAAGAGAAAAAACUAAACUCUAGUGCUUUAAAUGUUCGACGUAAUAUAAGAGAAGUUAUGGAUGAAAAGAAUUUAGAUGCUUCCACAUUAACAGCUCAGAGACAGGAAUCAGAGCGUUUAGCUCGAGUUCAGGAACAGCAAAGAAUCAUACGAGAAGUUCAAAGGCAAAUAGCUAUUAAUAGGCAAAACAAAAUUCAUCAGAAGACUUUGUCACUUUUGCAAGGUGGUUCAUCUAUAUUAAAGAAAUCUACAUCUGGACAAAAGUUGAAUUUACCUAACACAGUAUUAGUCAAAUUACCGUCAGGAGAGAUUAAAAAAACUAGUGUUAAACCUGGUCAAUUAGAGGUUACAAAAGUACCUAAACCUGCAACAUCAGCUUCUGCAUUAGCUCAGAGAUUAAGUAAACCUGACCAGAAGGGUGAAAAAAAGGAGGUAGUAGAAAUAGUUGAUAGUAGCAGUGGUGAGGAGUCUUCCUCGUCAUCUUCAGAUUCUGAUGAUUGUAUUAUGCUGUCUGAUUCAGAAGUACCGCCUAGUCCUGAAGCUGAAGAUGAUCCAGGAAAUUCAGGUCUUCACGUAAAUGAUGCUUACAAUAUACCCGAUGAACAAGGAAGAGUACAAAUAAAUAUUGGACAUCCGGAAAACGAAGAAGAUAUCUUUUUAGCCCCUCAAAUCGCGAGAGUUAUUAAACCGCACCAGAUUGGAGGGGUGCGGUUCUUAUUCGACAAUAUAAUAGAAUCAACAGAGCGAUUUUCAACAUCAACUGGCUUCGGAUGCAUAUUGGCACAUUCCAUGGGCCUCGGAAAAACUUUACAAAUUGUAUGCUUCUGUGAUAUAUUUUUGCGACACACUAGUUCCAAAACAGUACUAUGUAUUAUGCCUAUUAAUACCCUACAAAAUUGGGUGGCAGAGUUUAACAUGUGGCUUCCUGUGGACGCAGCAAACAGUCCUCUCGCGGCGCAUGGUGAAGUGCGAACGAGGACUUUUCCGAUUUACGUGUUAAACGACAGCCACAAGACAUUGCAAAUGCGUGCCAAAGUAGUUAAGGAUUGGACAACCACAGGCGGUGUCCUUAUGAUAGGUUAUGAAUUAUAUAGAUUGUUAAGUAUGAAAAAGGAUAAAAAACCUCGUAAGAAAAAGAAAGCGGACGCAAAGUUAGAGGCUGAGAAAGAGAAGGAAGAUAAGAAAAACGAUGUCGGAAAUGACGACACAACUCAGGGCUCCGAUGCUGCAACAGUUACAAAAGCAUCCGAUGAUACCCGUAUUGAUGGACAGGAAGGUGACGUCGCUCUCAGAUUAGAUGAUAAUAAAGAAGAUAAAAAGGACGAUACUCCAUCUGACGAAGACAAAAAGCUGCUUGAUGAAAUGUAUGAAGCUCUAGUUAAACCGGGGCCAGACCUUGUUAUAUGUGACGAGGGGCACAGGAUCAAGAACAGCCACUCGAACAUAUCGUAUGCGCUAAAGCAAAUGAGGACAAAACGUCGUGUUGUACUCACAGGAUAUCCUUUGCAAAACAACUUGCUAGAAUAUUGGUGCAUGGUGGACUUUGUGCGUCCGAACUAUCUCGGAAGCAAGACAGAGUUCUGCAAUAUGUUCGAGCGGCCCAUACAGAACGGACAGUGCAUAGAUUCGACACCUCAGGAUAUAAGAUUGAUGCGUUAUCGGGCGCACGUUUUACAUUCGUUGCUUGUCGGUUUCGUGCAAAGACGUUCGCACGCUGUACUACAAUCAACUCUGCCACAAAAGGAAGAAUAUGUUCUUCUAGUCCGUAUGACGCCUCUGCAGCGAAAACUCUACGAUCGCUUUAUGAAUGAAGUCGUUCGCUCGGCAUCUGUCCCAAAUCCAUUAAAAGCGUUCGCUAUUUGUUGUAAGAUAUGGAAUCACCCUGACGUCUUGUACAACUUUCUGAAGAAGCGCAGUGAAGUAAGUGCAGCUAUCGAAGAGGAUUUAGAUUUAGAAGAGAUUGGUGGUGUUACGAAGGCAGGUCGAGCGAAGAAUGGUAAAGCCCAACCGAGACGACCUGGAAAGCCACGGGGUUCAUCGAAAAAACCAGCAGCAACAAUUCCGCCUAACACAACUGCUCCUGUACCACCACGACAAGAUACAAAUACCCAAAAUACUCAAUAUUCAAAUACCGCGUAUGGUUCCAACCCUGCGAGAGCCGACAGACCGCCAGGGAAUUAUCCCCCAUAUCCGCCUUAUCAAAAUACUCCACCUGGAUAUUACCCACCCGGUCAGAACUACAAUCAGGAAUAUGGCAAUAAUUAUUACCCGCAACAGCCUCCAUAUGAUAAUAACUAUCCCAAUCAAUAUCCACCUUCCAAUCCGGAACAAAAUUACAGCCAGAACUACUGGAGUAAUAACAGUUAUUAUGGAAAUCCCGGUUAUUAUAAUAAUCCGCAAUAUACGGAGGGGCAACCGCCUCCGCCGAAUUUCAAUCCAAAUCAAGCUCCAGGUUUUGAAAAUUCACAGCCGUAUCAAGGAAACUAUAACACGCCAUCAAAUGCUUCUACUUAUACUAGCGGUGCGCCCCCUAAUAAUCAACAGUAUCCUGCUAACAGUGCACCAGCAAAUAACACACCAUAUGCUGGACGUGAUACGCCUUCUGGCACAUCGUACAAUCAAAACAAUGUUACUCCAACUAAUAGUUCUUUUUCGGCUACGGCUGUACCUCCGAACAAUGCUCCUUAUGCUAACAACAGUGUUCCUACUAAUAAUUCAAAUUACCCAGUAAACAAUGAGACACCGAGCAAUCAAUACCCUAGUACUAACGUCCCACCAAAUACUUCUUAUCCGGGUAAUAACGCUCCAUAUCCACCCAAUUCGGAAAAUUAUAAUAACCUACCCCGCUCACAACCUUAUCAAGGCCCAUACAAUAAUCCAGCAUCAUAUUCACAAUAUGAUCCUAGUAAUGGCCCACCACAGCCGUACCAGAACAAUCAAACUCCAGCAAAUUAUCCAGGGUACCAAUCGCAACAAUAUCCUGGUAAUAAUCCAUACCCUGCUAAUCCAUCAACACCUUACAACCAAUAUGAGAACUCAACUGAAUACGCUAAUAAUUAUCCACCAAACAUGUCACGACAAGAAAAUAUUCCUUCCAGUCAACAUCCAGUUAAAACGGAAUUAAAUAUAGAUCCACCUUAUAGUCAAUCUGUUGUUAAACAAGAACCGAAUGUUACACAAAAUGCAAGUGCACCAUAUGGAGCUUCCUACAAUUACAAUCAACAAAGUCACCCCGAUUAUAAUAAUCAGUUUCCUAACUAUUCUCAACCUAUGGAAACUAAGCCGCCUUUAUGCAGUGCCAGCUCUGGUAGCCCUGUCACAUCAUGGCCCAUGCCAACAGAUACAAUAAAGACUGAGCUUGAUAGACUAAAAAUGGAAGACAAAAUGGAAAUUAAAUCAGAAUCUGAUGGUGAGGUUAAAAUAGAAGAUUUAGACACUAAGACAAUUGUUAAAGACGAAAUUAAAAAAGAUAAGUUCCCUACACCACCUACAAAAAGUGAACCGGUUAUAAAGGCAAUGUUGGAUACUGUGAAAGAUAAUGGUUCCGAUUCAGAACCCGAAGUACCGAAGCGAGGUAAAGGUAAAGGCAAGGGAAAAGAAAAAUCAAAAGCAGAAAAGUCCCCUCGGCCUACUAAAGCAAAAGCUAAACCCAAAAGUAGAAAGGAUAGAAAAACUUCGAAAGACAAAACAAAUGAAGAAUCGGAAUCAGAACACAGUGAAAAAGAAGAAAAAUUGAACAAAGAAGAAGAAUUAGCACUUGUCAAGAAAGCGGAAGAAAUGACAUACGAUUGGGCAACCGAUCUCCUAAGAGAUUAUAUACCUGGAUUGAUCGAAAAUUCAGCUAAGAUGGAGUUGUUCUUUUACAUUUUGAACGAGAGUAUCAAGCUUGGGGAUCGAUUAUUACUAUUCAGUCAAAGUUUAUUUACUCUGAAUCUAAUUGAAGAUUUUCUUGAGAGAAAUUAUAUUCCGGGCACCAAUCGUUUGUGGGAGAGGAAUACUUCAUAUUUCCGUUUGGACGGUUCUACGCAUGCGUUGGAGCGUGAAAAGCUUAUAAAUGAGUUUAAUGCUAAUCCAAACGUUUAUCUGUUUCUGGUAUCGACACGGGCUGGUUCUCUCGGAAUAAACCUAGUUGGAGCCAACAGGGUUAUUGUAUUUGAUGCCAGCUGGAACCCGUGUCACGACACCCAAGCUGUUUGUCGAGUUUACAGAUACGGUCAAAGGAAGCCUUGUUUCGUAUACCGUUUUGUGAUGGACUGUUGUCUGGAGAAAAAGAUCUACGACCGUCAAAUCAAUAAGCAGGGCAUGGCAGAUCGUGUUGUGGACGAAUGCAACCCAGACGCGGUCUUAUCUAUGAAGGAGAUCACUAAUCUCUGCUUUGAUAAUGAUGAAAAAGAAUCAGAACCGAAAGAUCUUCUAGAAUACAAGGAUAAGUACAUUGAUGUGCUGAUGCAAGGAAUCCUCACGUUGCACAGUAAACUACUGACCAAGGAGCCUUUCCAACACGAGUCUCUCCUCGUCGAUAGAAAAGAAAAGAAAUUGUCCAGUGCUGAGAAGAGAUUAGCUCAGAGAGGUUACGAGCUGGAGAAGAAAGCUGCGUCGGCACCUAAACCGACUACAGCGUAUCGAACGGUACGCACAGCUGACGGGAGCCUGGUGCAGCGGCCUGUCGCGUCCGUCCGUCCGAUGCAGCACGGGGCGCGCUGGAUUCCUGCAGAUGUCUGGCGCCGACAAGGAAUGACAGCGCAAGAGAUGACGCUACCUUUAGAUGUGGUGAUUCCAACUAAUUCAUCGGAAAAGACCAACAUUGUCCUAAAGGCUGGCCAACGUGUAAUGGUCUUGAAGUCGCCAAAGGGAAUCUAUAUGCAACUAGAGUCUGGAAAAAUAAUAGCAAUCAAAACAGCACUUAAAGGUUUGGGGCAGAAAGGUGAUAGUAAGGACAGUACAUUAGGUAAAAAGGUAAUGGGUAGUCGGCCAUCCUCGGCACAUAUUCCCGGAUCCCUGAAAAAUAAUUCAGCGAUUACAAUUACUUCUAAGUCGGGCCCACGUUUUCAGAGGGUACAAACUAGACCAUCAAUGAUGGGUCCGAAAAUGGGAAGAUCUAUGUUGCCCGGGCAGAAAAUAGCUGAGAUCAGGAACCGCCUGGGAGAGAUGCGAUCGUAUGGUGCGCGUCCGAAAUUACCCACGCCAAAUAUGAGAAUGCUUCGACCUAGCUUACCCGGUUCUUUGAGUAUUACAAAAGUACCCAAGAAGCCUGAUGAGAGACAUAGGGCUUUCGAAGAGGAAACUCAGGUUUUAGACAGUGAUGAUGAAGAUUUGAGAGAGAAAACGAAUGGUAGUCCGUCAUCCGAUCGGAUAGUCAACGAUAAAGACGAUAAAAAUGAAAAUAAAGAUACAUCUGAUAGCUCUAGCAAAGAUGCAACUUCUUUCCAAGACAAAGAAAGCAAAGUCAAUACGCCCAUUGUACUAACAACUGACGAAAAACUACCUUCAGAGGAAGCCCUAGAAACACGAAGCGAUAGAAAUGGGCCGGAGGUGGCAGCGCUAUCGCAAAGUAACGUAAAAGACGAAGGCCCAAUGAAUUUAGCGAAUCGGGGCGAGAGGAAAAUCAAUUUAUUAAAAAAUUAUAGACACCAACGGCCUAUAAGCCGGCCGCAGCCGGAGUCGAGUCUCAGCCAAUUGGAAAAAACGGCGACGACGCUCAACAAAGAGGGCGUGCCGGAUUUUAGGAAAAAUUUAGAUGAUAUAACACAGUCUUAUUCUCCCUCUGUUGAAGAGAAAACGAGUGGAAGAAAGAAGAGAUCGCCCCAGAAGAUAGAAACGCAGGAACGACCGAAUAUGUCACACAGUGUGUCUAGUAUGCUCGGCACUACCCAAAAGCAGGACAGCUCAAAUCAAAUAGCGCACGGUGUGCAAGAGGCGUAUAACUUGAGUAAAUCUCAGGCCAUGCCGCUAAAUAUGACCCACAGUGGACUGAUGACUGGUGGAACUACAACCAGUAAAGAACCUAUAGAUCCACCUCCCCCCAUGCUCCCUAAUGAUCCCGUCUUCGCAAGUGGAAGUACACCACCGGAGGGUUAUGGACAAUAUCCAGGUUAUGGAAUGGGUUAUGGGGCGUACCCGCAUAAUCCUGCAUACUACGGCGGCUACAGUGGAGGCUAUUACCCUCCAUACGCACCACCGCAAGCACCUUUCCCCCCACCACCGAAUAAUGCCCCAGAUCCAUACUUACCACCGAAUCCACAGUGGUAG